AGCUCUUCUUCAAAUUGAAAAAUCAACCCAGGCUGCAAAUUGUGUGCCAUUUCCUGUUCCGCGACCACCAGUAGUUUUUAAUUAGAGGAACUCUUAGAGAAGUGAUGGCGAAGGUGAAUGCUUUUCCAUCUUUAUCUUUCAACAGUUGAAGUAGUUGUAUGUAAGUAGCAGUCAGAGCAUCAUGAAAGAACUUGAACGAACGCAAACUGAAGAUAAAAUUCAGACCGUUUAGGCACUCUAUCUUGCUUUAGCCCGACGAUAGUGAUAGGGAUUGAUUUUGAUAGUGAUUUAGUAUCCAAUGUUUGUUUCUCUUUUCUUUCAUAUUUAGUACUACUCCCUCGUUUCACACUAGUUGUAGUUCUUUGCAGAGAAGUUUCACUUUUGCUUGCAGAAAUUCCACUUUUUAACAAUUGGCUUUCAUCGGAAAAGAACCAUGUUCAUGUUGCAAUAUCAAAGACAACCCCGCACGACACAAAUAACGAGUAAAAUCCUGUUCCUGUGCCAAGAGUAAGACCAAGAGUCAGGUCGUGGGACGGCUUUUAAGAAAAAAUAAAAAGCGACCUGCUCCACCCCAGAAAAUAUAUCAAGUGGGGCAGCGACAGCGACGGGGGCAAAAAAAUGACCGGCUUUGCAAAAAGGCGGUUUGUGCUUCUCGCUUUUGCUCUCCAUCUGGUACGCACUGCUCCCGCGGAACCCAGCAGCGGCACCCUGCAGCGGAAUGACCACGACAGGAGACAAGUAGAAAACCAGAUAGAAAAUCUAAAUCCCUUCACACGACAGCCAGAAUCCGAAUCCAGCGCUACUAGACAUGGCUCGUCCUCAUCUUCUGGCUCCUGCCACUGCCCUUGUGCACAGGCAGCCACAGCAGACAUCAAUGGUGGAGGUGCAGCAGAUCCUUCCGCCAAAGCUAGUACGGGGGAUCACGAUCAUGGGGCCGCGGUGGAAAGAAAAUUUCUUCGACAGGCAGAGGCCACGGGCACGGACGAAAGUGGAAACAAGGCAGGCACGUCUUUGCAACUGGUCCCUGUUUCAGGGAAACUGGAACAAGGCCGACAGAUGGUGUCACUGAGCUCUUCCCAGGAUCUCGUUCAGCUUCAACCCGAAAUCCUUGCGGAGCCGGAGUCCUCUCCACCGCAUAACUCACAAGCACAAACGACCCCACCCGUCGUCCAACAAGAACAGCAACCCGCCCCAAUCGUCGUUGAAGUUGAGGAAGCGCACAGUCGCGGUUGGUACGUCGCCUUGAUUCUGUCCAUUCUGUGCGUCCUUACCGCGGGUAUGAUGAGCGGGCUGACGAUGGGGCUGGUCAGUCUCGACCCCUUUGACAUGGAAUUGCUGAUGUCCACGGACCCGGAUGACGUCGAGGACCCGGAAGAAAAUGAGGAGCUGCUCGUGGAGAAGGCAGCAGCGAGCGUGAUUCUACCCCUCGUCACGGACCACCAUAGGCUACUGGUAUGCUAGCUCGUCUUUUCAUCUUCUAGCCAGUAGAAAUAGAAGGAAUCAUAGGCAUACCUUUGAUUUCUCCGUCCUUGUCUUCUCUGUGUUUCUACUGUUUGCGACCACUGAGUUGUCCGCAACGCAUGAUCAACGUUGUUGCAGCACAGCCAGCACGACAAGGAAGAAGUGUGGUGCCCUUUGAUGUAGUUCUGACAAUCUCUCCUACCUGCGGCAAGAGUUGUAGCAUUCAUAUUCAACUUCAAUCAUGAAUGUAACCCGAACUACCCCACUCCAAGGUCACCCUCCUCCUGAUGAACGCGUGUGCCGCAGAAACCCUCCCGCUCGCGCUGGACAAGCUGGGGCUGCCGAAGGUGGUCACGAUUCUGAUCUCCGUGUUCGGCGUGUUGAUUUUCGGCGAGAUCAUCCCCUCCGCCGUGUUUACCGGGCCCCGGCAGUUGGAAAUUGCGUCCUUCUUUGUGCCGCUUGUGAACGUGUUGGAAGCCGUGCUCGCCGUCAUCGUCAUACCCAUCGCCCGGGGACUAGACGCACUCUUGGGAAAGGAGCAUAAGGGCAGGUAUGCACUUGCAGAGCGUGGUCUACAUGUUUAUUUUCAACUCUGACUACAAGUAUACAUUUAUUACAUUCUCCUUGAUCAACACGCACCUGACCUGCAUAUUAUUCGACUUUUCGCAUGAUCAGGAACACCAAGACCAACACGAUGCAGAAAUAAUCACCCACAUAAAUUUCGUCCUCAGAUACAACAAGGGCGAGCUGAAAGCCCUGAUUAACCUGCAACUCCGGGAGAACCAGCAGUCGCCCACCGGUUUGAUGCAGGACGAGAUCCGCAUGAUGACGGGUGCGAUGGAGCUUUCCAAGAAGACCGUCGCGGACGUGAUGGUGCCGCUCAACGAGGUCUACAUGCUGGCGCAAGCCACGGAGUUGAACAUGGAAACCAUGGCGACCAUCGUCGGCAAGGGCCACUCCCGCGUGCCGAUCUACAACACGCACCCGCACGACAUUCGGGGCUUCCUGAUGGUGAAAAACCUGAUCGUGGUAAACCCGGACGACAAGCGGAAGAUCGCGGGGCUGGGACUCCGGAAACCGCUGGUGGUCACCUUGAACGACCCGUUGCUGGACCUGCUCACCGAGUUCCAGAAGGGCAAGUCCCACAUCGCGAUCGUCACCAACCGGCCGGACCUGGUGAAGCGUGCCUGGGCGACCGAGUCGCAGAUUCCCGUCAACGUCCAUAUGGCCGGGAUCGUCACGUUGGAGGACGUGAUUGAAAAUUUAAUCCAGGACGACAUCCGGGACGAGUCCGGCACCGGGGAGGCCGGAGUGCGCGAACACCUGCGGCAGUUGAUCUUCAAGGCCAAAAGAGUGGAGCGCGUCAGGGUACUUAAGGGAAUUUGAGCUUCUUCAAUUAGUACGAGCUUCUAGUCGUGCAUGCUGUUCCAGCGAUGUGUUCUUGCUAUUGAUUCCUAUCCCUCGUAUUCGUAUCUUCCCCUUCAUCUGUAAAGGGAUUACCAGCAGUAAACUCGCAUCAUCAUCACAAAGCAUCAAAAAAACUACAGGAAGUGACGGCCCUCGCGCGCAAGAUGUUCAUCAAGCGCGCCAACAGCGGCAUUCGGCGGCGGUUGUCGCAGGAGAGCAACCGGACCUCCGCCCUGGGCUCGCCCAUCAUGAUCCACCGCAGAGCGCCGAGCGAGGACCAUAGCCACCUGACCGUGCCCGAAAACACCAUGAACAACAUCCCCUACCACCAGUACCAACAGCAGCACCUGCUUCGUGGGACGACAGGCGGUGGGGGUGGAGUUACUGCACCACAAGGGGACACAAGCACGAUGGUGUCCAAUUCCCCGACCCAAAGGUCCGCUGGCAGGUCGAAGGUUCUCCAGCCCCGGGAUAGCACCGUCACCUACGUGUCUGACCGCACGACCAACGCGCAUUCGCAGGUCGGUGGUGGAACAUCAGCAGCUGCAGGAGGUGUGCAACUGCCAUCACAGAUCCUCGUCCGGGACUCUGGUGUGGACCGAGGGCGAAUGACGGAGAAGCCGCAGCUCCCGUCAAAUUUUCCCACGCAUCUGACACAGGCUUUACUGCAGACGCGAGACAAAAUGGCGGGCGAUAGAAGGUAUCCCACGUCGAUGAUGGCGCAGCACAUUCAGAACAUUGCAACCAACUCGGCGGGGGGGACAGCGCCACCGGGGGCUCCAGGGACGAGCGUCGCAACCGGCAGUGGCAGUGCGGCCGGAUCAGCAGGAGUCGCUCCGUCGCUCGCUGCGGUCGUCGAGCAGGCCGGGAGCGCGAACUCGCGACGGGCCGACCGUGCAGUCUCGGACCACUUGUCUGAACCUCGGAGCUCGCCAAAACAGCAACGCCCCACAAGCCCGCCCAUAUCGAGAACCACGUCCGUCACAGUAGAAAUGACCAGCAAAAGCAGGAAGUGAUGAAAACAACCGGCCACGGCACCAGGCGGGGUGCGUCCAGUUGGUUGUCGUUGUCCUCCCACCUCGCAGUACAACUAAAGCUCUACCCGUACUAGUUCUUCAUUUUCAACAUCUGGGGCUGACAUCGACACUUGGAGGACCUCAUGUCUUCAUAUUACGGGCUACUUACUGUUCGUAUUCAUGAGCAUGAUGCAGCUUCUCUUGCCCGCCCCUGGUGGGAAGGGAAGUCGUGAGAGGGGCCUUGUGCCCAGAUGCGCUACUAGAGGUAGACGCAUCAAAUCGCGCAAACUAAGCGGCAAUACGCCGCUGCUCCUGGCGAGUGAAGAAGGGCGGCGCCCGCAAUCCUGCGCGCGAUCCCCCUACCCCUGGUGGCUGUUCUCUUGUUCUUGAAGAAGAGCCCCGCUCUGGAAGCGGGCGAGCCUUGCAGGCUCCUGGUGAGCAGGCGAGGCGCCUCGCCGUCUCUGUUGGGUGAGAUGGUGGUGGGGUUUCGGCCGGCUUAACCUGAACAGCCCAGCGCCACACCCUGCCCGACCAGCCACUCCGAGGAAGGCCCUCGGGCGUGUUGCCGCGUCGUGUGCGAAGAGGCCCGGCAUGGCGUGCCUCUCUCGGCCUUCGGCCGUAUCAGUGGGCACGCUCGCACCGCCGUAAGCCCUAGCGCCCCACGCCGCGCGCAGCAGCUGGCGGCACUUCCCGGGGAUGGACGGAAGCGGUGGGGCCUGCGCUAUUCGGGAAAGCCUUGGCGGGCACCCCCAGCCCCCUGGCGGGGCCGGCGCCGCUCUUCUUGACGAAGGGCGCACAGCAGGGCUCUGCGCCCCUUGCACCGCUGGCGGGCAAACUGCACCCGCGCGCCGCACAGAUUGCGUCCGGCCUAAAGUCAGACGACAAUUAAGGGACGCGCCCAGGUAGCGCGAAUCGGGAUCCUUUCGCCGUAGUAUAAUCAAUCUGUGUUGCCCACCUGGUGUGCGCCCUCUGAUUGGUGCUACUAUACGGAACGAGUGCAAGAGCCGGUCUGCCAAGGCCACAAACCUCCAGCACGCUGUUCUCCUCCAGCUCUCGCCACUUGAUGUUGCGACUGCGUAGGAGGGUUACGCUUCGCCGGGCCUCCACAGCCUCGCUGUCCGGCGGGUUGCUGCAAGUAUAGCAGGGCUAAAGAGCGGGCGCCGUGUCUGUUUGAAACAAGAGCGGAUCAAAUACAAUACAAUACAAUGCAGCUUCUCUUGCAGCAGUUCUAGUUCAUCAUCUUAGAACUUGAGCUUCGUCUUCCUUCGAACGUCGAAAUAAGUUUAACUACGCG